AUGCUCUCGCAACACUUUUUCGGUGACAAGAAGCCACCACGCUCUCUUUAUCUCCUCUGUCCUCUACACUCGCACCACUCGCUUGAGAUUACUUCAAAGAUUAGCAGCUGUCAGAUGAGAUCCAAGUACUCUAUCAACCGUGCUCAAAAUGUGAGUUCUGAAAGGCAACUUAGGCAAUUCGUUACAGGUAAAGACAAGUUAGCAGGUAGAAAUUCAAAGGGUCGUAUCACAAUUUUCCACAGAGGGGGAGGGGCAAAACGGUCACAAAGAACAAUUGACCUAAAACACAACACUUCAUCAGUAGGUGUAGUUGAACGAAUUGAAUACGACCCAAAUCGCACUUCACGGAUCGCAGUGGUCAGAUGGGUCAAAGGGGUAGCCGUUGACCGCCCGAAAAAAGUCAACUCCCUCCAAAAAAACUUCACCCCACCCCCAAGAUCCUACCCUCCAUCUCCAUCAAAGGUCAGUUUUCAUUCUCUUCAAUUCCCGGAAUGUUAUAAGACAAAAGGUGGAAUCUUUAAGGCCUAA